GCAAACACCACCAACGUGAUAGACAACACGCAGCGCGACAGCACACCUUAAUCGACGAGCGAAGACAGAUUAAGCAUAUAUACAUAAACCUUUCAUCUCUCUACGACCACCUGCGAGCUCGUUGUCUCCUUCUCUAGAACACGAUGCCCGGUACACUCGCAUCCAACUACCCGAGCUGGAAGAAACUCCAGCAGAUCUACGACUCGCAGCGUAACCAGCUUAUCCUCAAGGAGAUCUUCGCAGCUGAUCCCUCCCGCUUCUCCAAGUUCUCACGCCAUUUCACCGCUCCUAUCGGCACACCCGCCAUCUCCAUCCUUUAUGACUACAGCAAGAACCUGAUCACAGAGCCGAUCCUCAAGACGCUGCUCGACCUUGUGCGCGAGGCAGAUGUGCCCGACGAACGCGACCGUAUGUUCUCCGGUGCGCAUAUCAACACGAGCGAGGGCCGUGCAGUCCUCCACACGGCGCUGCGCAACCCCGGAUUGAAGCUCGCAGAGGAGGGUGUGUCCGAGGUUGGCGAGGUCCUUGAGCACAUGAAGACAUUCGCCAACCAGGUCCGCUCUGGUGAGUGGAAGGGCUACACCGGCAAGCGUAUCACCGCUAUCGUGAACAUCGGUAUUGGCGGAUCUGAUCUCGGACCCGUCAUGGUGACCGAGGCUCUGAAGAGCUACUCCCAGCGCGACAUCGCCUGCCACUUUGUGUCCAACAUUGAUGGCACCCACCUCGCUGAGGCUCUCCGUGUGUGCGAUCCCGAGACGACGGUGUUCAUCAUUGCCAGCAAGACGUUCACCACACAAGAGACGAUCACGAAUGCGACCUCUGCGCGCGACUGGUUCCUCGCCACCGCUAAAGACAAGGCUCACGUCGCGAAGCACUUCGUUGCCCUAUCCACCAACACCCCGGCGGUCACUGAGUUCGGUAUCAGUGAGGCGAACAUGUUCAAGUUCUGGGACUGGGUCGGUGGGCGGUACUCGCUCUGGUCCGCUAUCGGGCUUAGCAUCAUGAUCUCGCUCGGACCGGACAACUUCUUCGAGCUCCUCGCUGGCGCCAAGGCGAUGGACGAGCACUUCAAGACCGCUCCUCUGGAGGAGAACUUGCCCGUGCUCCUCGCUUGCGUCGGGCUGUGGUACAACGACUUCUACGGCGCGCAGACGAACGUCCUCCUCCCCUACGACCAGUACAUGUGGAAGUUCGCCGACUAUUUCCAGCAGGGCGACAUGGAGUCCAACGGCAAGUUCGUGACCAAGGACGGACACCGCGUGGACUACCAGACGGGGCCGAUCAUUUGGGGUACGAGCGGUACUAACGCCCAGCACUCGUUCUACCAGCUCAUCCACCAGGGCACAAAGCUCAUUCCUGCCGACUUCCUGGCCCCCGUCGAGUCGCAGAACCCUAUCGCCCAUGGCAAGCAUCACGAGAUCCUGCUUUCCAACUUCUUCGCCCAGCCUGAGGCUCUUGCGUUCGGUAAGACCGAGGAAGAGGUGCGCCGCGAUCUCGGCCCCGCGGCUUCGACGAACGAAGCGCUGGUCAAGUCCAAAGUCUUCGAGGGCAACCGCCCGACAAACAGCAUCAUGUUCCAGAAGCUCACUCCGGGUACCCUCGGCGCCCUGAUCGCCAUGUACGAGCACAAGAUUUUCACCCAGGGUGUGGUGUGGGGCAUCAACAGCUUUGACCAGAUGGGUGUCGAAUUGGGUAAAGUUCUCGCUAAGAGCAUCUUGGCUCAGCUCCCCGACCCAGCCAAGGUUUCUGGUCAUGAUUCUUCCACUACCGGUCUAAUCCACUGGUACCAGAAGAACAGGAAAUGACUUGAUCCAGUCUCAUGGAUCUGAUGCCGGAAGUGGUUGCAAAGCUGACGGUUCUACGACAAUAUAAGACUUGGUGUUGUGCAAAAAGAAAUGACUGAAUCAUUUGUAUGGGUUUAGCAAUUAGCAUGAGAAAGAGAAAA